AGCCAUAUUUGUCGUUUGAAUCAUCUCGUAAUGCUGGAAUAAGUAUGAUGAGAAGCCUGAUGGCAGCUUUGCAGACAAAAAUACAUCAGAUCUUUCUUGAUUCGGAGUUAAACUCUAACCUGACUGUCGAAGAGAAUUUAAGCGAUUCAUUUGGCUAUAUUGCCAGACGCUUUCAUGCUUACGUCACUGAAUUACCUCAAGGAGCUCACACAAACAACAAUCCCAAUUUUUUUCUCCAUGGUUUGGAAGAUAUAAUUGAAAGCUACUACAACUCAGCAAAAAAGUUCUUGAGAACCAACUUUUCGAAGGAAAGGGUGUUCAUCCUUUUCUUUGAAAGCAUUUUAAAGACCCUGAAAUCUAAUUUGUAUAGGUACGGUACACUCAUCCAUUUGGUAGAGGAUAAAUUGUCAUCUCUUACAUAAGAUUUUUGCGCAACGCUAAAUAUGUAAGACAGUGUUUAGAGGAGUUGGGUCCCUUCGACAGAAAGUGUUUUCUCACAAAUGAAACCGCGGUCACGAAACCUACAACCAGUAAUCCACUGGGAACUGGCGUAUAUCGACAAGUUAAUUAUAACAACAUUGAAUGUUUUGUUUGAACAAUGGUUUACAUUAAUGUUUUGUUUGACUUCAGCUGGCUAUUAUAAACAUGACGUGCAGUAUAAGUCUUGUAACCGUACUGAAUUGAUGAAAACGGUUACACAUAGAAAAAUAUAUGAAAUUUUCAACAUCUAA